CCUCUCUUCGCCACCUGUUAGUUAGUCUCCCUCUCCUCUCCGUGCUGGAAUCCCCUCUUUUUUUAUGAGGAGUUUCACACUCGCGCUAUCAGUGAGCCCUAUGACUGUCCGUAAAGGAAAACGUUUAGCCAUCUCCAUCCAGGAGCACAUGGCCAUCGACGUAUGCCCGGGCCCAAUCCGCCCCAUCCGUCAAAUCUCUGCCUACUUCCCUCGCCUGUCACCCACUUCCUCCUUCUCCGAGCCGCUCUCGCCAAAUCAGGUGGCAGCUCCCACCACGCUCAGCCCUGGCAGUGCGGGCCAAGGUGGAGGGGCCACCGGGGGAGGAGGGAGCAGCAGUCUGCUGUCACCAGGAGUGGCGGGCGGAGGGGGCUCAUUGUCAGCCAUGAGCAGCAUGGACACCUCCAUCGAGAUCGACAGCUGUGACAGCGAUGAUAACACCUCCUUGGGGACGUUAGAGUUUGAUCUACUGUACGAGAGAGCCACCAGUUCCUUACACUGCACCGUCCUGAGAGCAAAGGGUCUGAAGCCCAUGGAUUUCAACGGUUUGGCCGAUCCUUAUGUCAAGCUGCACCUGCUGCCAGGAGCCUGCAAGGCCAAUAAACUGAAAACCAAGACUGUUCGCAACACGCUGAACCCUGUGUGGAACGAGACGCUCACCUACUGUGGGAUCACCGAGGAAGACAUGUAUCGCAAAACACUCAGGCACUCGACCCCUGUGCCAGUCCCUGCAGGUGGUGGGCCCAUGACCCAAGGCCCAGCCACUAGACAUUCGUUGGCGAGCUCCCCCAAGGUCUGGCUCCAGAGGGGGGCCCUGAACGUUUCAUCACCUCCUGGGCAUGUCCCACUGCUCGAUGCGCCUAUUGCUUUAUGUUCAUCCUAUGCUUCUAUAACCUGCUCGUACGGCGUUUCUGUCAGUCAUGUUCCUUUAUUAUUUAUCUCUGUCUCUUCUUUUUGCCUCCAGCUGCCUUCUCCGACUGCGAUGAGCACAGCCCUGAGAGGAAUCUCCUGCUACCUGAGAGAGUGGGAGACUGAGCAGCAGAGAAGUCUCGAGGAGAGAGGCCGUUUGCUGCUCUGCUUGCAGUACCUCCCUCCAGCCAUGGAUGGCGAUGUGAAGGGCGAGGCCAAGGAGAGGGCUCGUGGCGGGCUGUGCGUGGGCGUCAAACGUUGCGCCCACCUGGCAGCCAUGGACGUCAACGGCUUCUCAGACCCCUACGUUAAAACGUAA